AUGUGGUCAAGUGCGUCACGGGGGAAUCUCGACGCAAUAAUCAUAAAACUCCUAAAUCCUACAAAUGGAAAGUACACCAUGACUGCAAAGCCUGAGACUUGUAAUACAAUCGCUUGUCAAGGAGAUGCUGUUGCGACAUUUUGUAACCAUGUAAGUGCAUUGCUUCAUUCAAAGACUUUCACAUUACUGACCACUGGUUUGAUGGACACGCAGCAAGUCGAUAAUUUCACCAUUGCAAAGAAAGAACUUGCAGCUUUUGUAGGUGCUGUUAAUGACGGAUGUGGAAAGGCUGGUAAGGGCUAUUGUGGUGCUCAGUGGUUUGAUUACUGGAGCUUUUUAAUUGAAGGCAAUCCGGAUGGUCAAGAUGUAUUUUGUAACUCCACUUUUCUGCAGCGUGUGGAAUGA